GUUCAAAAGGGUCAGGAUCAGCCGGACGGAUGAUGUCAUUACUAUGUCUCUGAAUUCUUUGUCUACAUACCUUUCCAUUUGUAUUUUCACAUGUGUAGUAUACAUACAUGUUAGAGGCAUAUAUUCGUACGGUUCGCAAGGGGUGUUAAUAGCAAAUACUGUUGAUGGUUCGUUCAUCGGCUUAGAUAUAAGAAGUGGAAAGUUGUUUUGGAAGAUAGAUGGCCCUCCUCUUGUUUCCCAGAGCUUGAGUGAUCUCCAGCUCAUAACAAAAACGAAAUCAUAUAGUAUUGUUCCUUCUCUUGAUGGCCAACUUUUUUUGAUGGAGAAAGAGCUGACAAAUGGCUCAGAUCUAUUAGGUGGUGCAUCACUUAAAGCAUUACCACUGAGCAUCGACUCUUUAUUCUCUUCAAAUUUUAUGCUCACAGAAGAUUCACUAUUAACUGGAGGACGAGAACAUUCAACAUUCGCUUUCAAUCCUAACAAUGGCAAAGUUAGUCUGUUACAUUUGGUGGCAAAUCGCAUUGCUUGUUAUUUGAUUUAACAGUUCACAAAGUUUACUUAAUCUAGAAAGAAUAUCUUUUAGCUGACUGAGGUCUUUAACUCAAGGUUAUCACAAAUUGAAAUUUUAUGCCUAAAGAGUUUGUUAAAGUUUACGUGGACGUGUUUAUGGAAUUCUGAAUCAACUUUGGGGACCCCAUUAUUAGACCAAGACGGAUAGUUAUUUUGUCCGUACUACUUAUAACUAACACCAGCUGUGCUUGGUGACAAGUAGGGCUCGGACCCAUCUAACAGGUGUCUAAAUGUUAGUGUGUGGUUUCAAAUAUUUCAAAACAUGUUUUAUGGGUGAAUGCAUUAUAUUUAAAAGUUGACCUGACCCUGGACCAGUGGACGGGCUGAUUUCUUAACACACUUAAUAUUACUUUAUUUUGUGGCCAAAACUUUUAAUUUAAAGGCUAAUGGUGAUUCCUUAACGAUGUCACAUACUUCUGUCUUCGCACCUGAGCAGCAUUUCAUUUUUCACAUCAACCAUAAAAGCAAAAUAACGAAUAAACAUUAGCUAUGAAUUGAAAUGUUCUGAGUCACUUAAGUGCAAAACAUGUAAACUCAAAUGGCAACAAGUAAUUUCCUGUCAUAUGAUCACCUGCCUUUGUAUUCGAAUUUAUCAUAAAGAUACCAAUGUGAGUGAAUUUGUUCACUCCCAACUUUGGUGGAUUUGACGUUUCACCUGGAAAUCCUGGGAUACGCAUGAAAUAAUCUAAUAUUCUUCCAAUAUGAGAAUAUUCGACCACUUUGUUUGUGUUAAUUCUCGAAGAAAGUAACUCCUCUAAAACGCCCACUGACUGAGCUAAUUCCACUCAGUGAUAAAAAUUCGAUUCUCACUCUGAUUAUAUUAGGUCAGUAAUUUUCAGUUUUCUCUCUUACCUGAGACUGGGUUCAAACGAUGGUAGAACUGUUGCCCUCAGAAUUUACGGGUGCCCUUUAGAAAACUUAGCUCUCAAAUCCCUUUCAUAUAGUUGCUCGCUUAUCGUCUCUCCCAGAAAAGCCUUCCUGCUUGCACAUAGCAAAGUUUCCGUAUGAAAUUGAGAGUGAAAGUACAUCAGGGGUCUUGAUUACUAAUAUAGAACACCACUAAUAACAAUUGGAAAACACUGAUUUCGAGCUACUCCAGUGUGUACGUCCCAUAAUUCUAACUUACUUAGGCCUGUUACCUAUCGUGGAGAAGCAUAGACUGUCCACCAGUACUCUAUCGAACUCUAUCCUGGAUGAUUCUUUCCAGUCAUUUCCAGCUACUGUUCAUCCUCCUUACGUCUGCUUCCAAUUCCCGACACAGUGUUCUUUGGGCUUCCUGUUUUCCGUUUCCCUUCAGGAUUCCAAGUCAGCGCUUGCCUCAUGAUGCAGUUUGAUGGUUUCCGAAAUUUAUGACCUAUCCACUUCUAACCUCUUUUCCGAAUCUCUUCUUGAUCUGGAAGCUGGUUUGUUGUCCCACAGUAGGCUGUUGCUGAUGGCAUCCGGCCAACGCACACUGAGUAUCCUGCGUAGACAAUUGUUUAUAAAUACUUGUACUGUUUUGAUGAUGAUUGUGGUAGUUCUCGAAGUUUCAAAUCCGUACAGUAGAACUGUCUUGACGUCCGUACUGAAGAUUGUGAAUUUGAUAUUGGAUGGCAGUUGUUCUGAGUCACAUAUGUUCUUCAGGUGUACGAGUGCUACCCUUGCUUUGCCAAUCCUUACCCGUACGUCUGUAUCCGACCCUCGUUAUUUACCAAUGAUGUUUCCCAGGCACAUGAAAGAUUCCACCUCUUCCAGAGUUUCUUCAUCAAGUGUGAUUGGAUUGGUAUUCUCCGUGAUGUAUUUGAGGAUCUUGCUUUUCCCCAUUGUGUAUGUUGAUACCUACUGAUGCAGAGGCUUCUGCUACCCUAGUUGUCUUUACCUGUAUUUGUUCGUGUGUAUGGGAGAGAAGGGCCAGGUCAUCUACGGAGUCCAAAUCGUCUAGUUAUAUUCAAGCUGUUCAUUGUUUUCCAUGCUCCCCGUCAGAUAUGAAGGUUUUCAUAAUUCAGUCAACCACCAGAAGAAAGGGAAAGGGGGAGAGUAUGCAGCCUCGUCUUACCACCUAAACCUGCUACUAUUAAUGGAGUUAUUCUAUUCUGACAAUUCUAACUAUGAAAAAUGUGGCCCACAAAUUUGAAACAAAUCAAGCGCUUAAUGCUGUUUUCAAAGAGGUCAGAUAUAAUUGUACCCGUGAUGGGUGUACUAGUUCUGAUGUUGAUAAAAAGUUGGUUGAAGAACCUCCAAAUACAAACGAUCCUACCAUUAUAGUAUACAGAGUAAAUAACGUAGUCCGCGCUGUAAAUGCUCCAUCGGGGGUUGAAAAGUGGAAUUUGAGCGUUCAUCAAUACGAGCUUUGCCUGUUAACUGGUGGAAUUCCUACCCCAACUACUGCUGUGCAGAAGACUUCACCUAUUUGUAACUUACCUUUGGGUACUCCACAUGCUCACAAAAAGUUUGUGGAUGAGUCAUUUAUUGAUAUGGAAGAACCAGAUUGGGAUAUUGGACUAGACAAACAUACAAUAACUGCAAGAACGAAAGGUUUACAGUCUGAAGAAAUAUGGUCCUACAACUUUAAAUCAAGGAUUUCAAAGGCUUGGAUUUAUCGUAGGGACCUACAAAACUUAAGACCAUUGUCAUUGUUUAUGUAUGACAGAGUUGCCUUACUAUUAAUUGAAAAGGUGAAUGAAUUGGAAAAAACAACUGCCAUUUCAAAUUUUGGAUCAUUAAAAGGAAAGGGUUUGAAUCUGUUCAAUGGGAAAUAUACUCUUUCCUCAUCACGUAAACAAAAACCUAAAUGUCCAUCACGCGAUCGUCUUAUUUAUCUUGGUAGCUUAAAUGGUCAGCUAUAUGUUCAAACUGAAGAUGGUGUUGAUCUUCCCAAUCCGGAAAAGAUAAAUCUGUCUAAAAGUUUAUCUAUACAUUCGGCUGAAUCACUGAAUAAUCGUCGUUCUGAUUUAACUGGCUACUAUCAAGCAUCCUAUUCAAAAUCGCCCAAAUUGGAAAAAUAUACACAACCAUUUAUUUUAUAUGAUAGUGUUGAGGAAACAAUUGAAAAAGCUACCGCUUUAGGAUUUCCAAGUAACGUGGGACAAUUCAAGCCUAUACAUGAUUUUCAACCGGAAACGAUACCUGAAAAGGUUUUAACUUCGACUGAUAUUCAAAUGAGUGACACUAGUGGUAUACCAGGACAAUUUCUUGACAGUGCAAACGAUUUACUUAUGCUCCUAUUACGUGCCAGUGAGAUUGCUGUAAAUCAUUCACCGUCUGGUAUUGAAAAUAGUAGGUCGUUAGGAUUUAAUCUGUCUACACAUUUCAUGCAAUUGGUAGUUUUGACUGGAGUAAUUUAUUUUACGGCACAUUGGAUAAUGAAUGCGAGGAUUAACUAUGAUACACAGUUGAAAAACUAUUCGUUUCAGUCUGAGCCAUGUAAUUUGGAAUCAGUUGUUGUCAAAACACAUAGUUCAUCGGGAGACUUGUGUGAUUUACCAAAAUGUCCAUCAUGUUCAACUCCGAAUAACUUAACAACAAAUCCUUCAUGUCAGUCUCUGCUUAAUACUGCCAAUAUGCAACCACCUAGUUUUGUUUCAUCAUUUGAAACAGAUUUCAAGUAUAUACGUCGACUUGGACGUGGUGGUUUCGGUCAAGUGUUUGAAGUUGAAAAUCGUCUUGAUGGUUGUCGUUAUGCUAUCAAACGUAUUAAAAUGAACGAUACCGACGAUGAUAAAAAUAUAUUUUUACGAGAAGUAAAAGCUUUAGCUACACUUGACCAUCCAGGCAUUGUCCGCUACCAUCGGGCUUGGAAGGAAUAUCCUCCUGCUGGUUGGCAAGAGUCACAUGAUGAAUUAGUACUCGGUUUAUCUGACGACUUAACUUCCAGAAGCGGCGACUGUACAGAUUGUGGGAACAAUGAGAAUUGUCUAUCAAAUACUCUCUUUUCGUCAAAUAUCGAUUCGCGCCAUUCAAGUGUAUCGCUUUGCGUAGAUAAAAGCUCAAUAGGAUUGAAUGAGUCUCAUCACUCCAGCUAUCGAAAGCUUUCAAAAGCUUGUUUGGAUGACAGUCUUAUCGUUUUUGAUAAUCAAAUCCGUACUGAAACACUUUCAUUAGAUGGUUCAAGCCUUGUAGAACAAUCCAUCAAAGAUAAAUCUAAAAAUGAAACUAAAUAUACAUGCUACUUGUACAUUCAAAUGCAAUUAUGUUCUCCAAUAAGUUUACGUGAUUGGCUUGUUUCUCAUAGUAUUCCAGAAUCACGUCCACCACGAGUUGAAUUGAUUUGUAUGUUUCGUCAAAUUGUUGAAGCUGUAGCUUAUUUACAUGAUCAUUCUUUAAUGCAUCGUGAUUUGAAACCUUCAAAUAUCCUGUUUGAUUUAACCAAUCGUCUUAAACUUGCAGAUUUUGGUUUAGUUACUUCUAUGGUUGAUGAUAAAUUAAAUCAAUCAGACAGCUCUUGUAUUAAUUGCAAUAAACAAGGGGAGCAGCCCUCAUGUUCUUCAGUGACUACUAUUGUAAAUGAUUUGAAUGGUGAAUCAGAGCAUAAUAAUAACAAUGCCAUUAUCGAUCGACAACUAUAUCCUUUGAAAGAAAUUAGCACUGCUCAACAAAAGCGUUCUGUAUUGACACGUAGACAUACUGAUCACGUGGGAACAGAUCUAUACAUGAGUCCUGAGCAAGAACGAGGGGAUAAUUAUAAUCAUAAAGUGGAUAUCUUUUCAUUGGGAUUGAUCUUUAUCGAAUUGUUGAUAAUAUUUAAUACAUCAAUGGAAAGAAUAUUUACAUUGACCCGAGCAAAACAUCAAAAACUUCCUAGGGAAUUUACAAUGUGUAAUCCAUUCGAAACUGAGUUCGUUCUCAAACUUUUGGAUUACGAUCCAGUCAAACGUCCUGACGCUCCUGCAAUCUUAGAAAGUGCACUUAUUAAACAAUCUGUUUCAUAGCAGCAAUGAUGGGGUAUUCAUUUUUUUCAGUACUCAAAGUACAAAGUUAUCAGAUUUCUGUUGUUACAUCUUAAUAUAUUUGUUUAUAUUUUAAUUUGAUAACCUCUCCUGUGAUCUGUAAAAUAAAUGUGUUUUUUAUAC